CUUGAAGAAAAAGAAAUGCAAAAUUCAAAGGAUCUAUAAGCCAAAUUCUGCCGGUGAGGAACGGAGGUGCGAGGGAGAUUCAGUGAGUAAUUCAGGUUUGCAUUUUCUUCGUUUGUGGAGGCGAGGAUGUUUCGGAACCAGUACGAUACGGAUGUGACGACGUGGUCGCCGGCGGGGCGGCUGUUCCAAGUGGAGUAUGCGAUGGAGGCGGUAAAGCAGGGUUCGGCGGCGAUAGGUCUGAGAUCGAAGACUCAUGUAGUGCUUGCGUGCGUUAACAAGGCGAGCUCCGAGCUUUCAUCGCACCAGAAGAAGAUCUUCAAGGUUGAUGAUCACAUAGGCGUAGCUAUUGCCGGACUCACCGCCGAUGGCCGAGUGCUCUCCCGAUAUAUGCGCAACGAGUGCAUUAAUUAUUCGUAUACGUACGAGUCGCCGCUCCCCGUUGGACGUCUCGUUGUUCAGCUUGCUGACAAGGCUCAGGUCUGUACACAGCGGUCAUGGAAGCGACCAUAUGGUGUUGGCUUGCUAGUUGGUGGCUUAGAUGAAUCCGGAGCUCACUUAUAUUACAACUGCCCCAGUGGUAACUACUUCGAAUAUCAGGCCUUUGCAAUUGGAUCUCGCUCACAGGCUGCAAAGACAUACUUGGAACGCAAGUUUGAGAGCUUCACAGAGUCUUCACGAGAAAAUCUAAUCAAGGAUGCACUCUUCGCAUUGAGGGAGACCUUACAGGGUGAAAAACUAACCGGCUCAGCUUGCACAAUUGCAAUACUUGGAGUAGACGAAGCAUUUCAUAUAUUAGAUCGAGACACCAUGCAACAACUGAUCAAUGAAUUUGAAGUAGUUACUGACGAACCCCCACAACCCCCUUCUGAUGAAGCUGCUCCUCCCGACCAUGGCAGCAGUGCCACCGAUUCUGGUCCUUCCACCGCUGAUCCCGCCACCACAUCAGACCAAGGUGCGGCUCCUAUGGACAUUUGAUGAUCUUCUUCUUUAUGUGGUGUUAACAACAUAUUGCACUUGAAUUGCAGCUAUUUAUGCUUAUCCUUGCCUUGCUUUAGAACAUCCAUUAAAGCAUGAUGCAGGAUAUAAACUUCAAUUGGCUUUUCUGUGUUUA